ACCCCACACACACAUUCUCAGCUCACCAUGUCUUGCAAGGUGUUAUUGUUGGCCACUCUUGUAGUGUUAACUGUGGCCAGGCCUGAACCACCUCCAACUGCAGGUUAUGGCGCUCCAGCACCCAUCUUUAUCUCAUCCGGGCCCGAGGCUCCUCCUCGGUACGACUUCAACUAUGCAGUGAAGGACGAGUACGCUGGCAACGACUUUGGUCACCAAGAAUCUCGUGACGGCUACGACACCAAGGGCAGUUAUUACGUCCAGCUUCCCGACGGUCGUCUACAGAAGGUGACUUACUACGUCAACGGCGACUCUGGCUACAUAGCCCAGGUUGAAUACCAGGGUGAGGCUCAGUACCCAGCCUACCAGCCCGCCCCUGCGCCCACCUACACGCCAGCUCCCACUUACGGUUGACCCAGCGAACUAAACUUACUAGCUAAAAACGUUACCGUAUCCUUAUUAUAUAAAUUUGAA